AUGGAGAUUUCUCAAGGCUCCGACGAAUCCCACCGGAGAAAAUUCGCUCUUCCGGUGGACUCCGAGCACAAAGCCACCGAAUUCCGGCUACUCUCAUUCGCCGCUCCCCACAUGCGCGCUUUCCAUCUCUCCUGGAUCUCAUUCUUCGCCUGCUUCGUCUCCACUUUCGCCGCCCCUCCCCUCAUCCCCAUCAUCCGCGACGACCUCGAUUUAACCGCCACUGACAUCGGCAACGCCGGAAUCGCCGCCGUUUCCGGCGCGAUUUUCGCACGUGUGGCAAUGGGCACGGCGUGCGACUUAUUCGGGCCGCGGCUGGCCUCCGCCUCGUUGACCCUCCUCACGGCUCCGGCCGUCUACUCCACCGCCGCCGCCUCUUCUCCGGCGGGCUUCCUCCUGGCCCGAUUCUUUACCGGCUUCUCCCUCGCCACCUUCGUCUCGACCCAGUUCUGGAUGAGCUCUCUCUUCUCAGCCGGAGUCGUCGGAACCGCCAACGGAGUCGCCGGAGGAUGGGGAAAUCUCGGCGGCGGCGCCACACAGCUCGUCAUGCCGCUCGUUUACGAACUCAUCCUCCGGGCCGGGCCGGGCCGGUUCACCGCCUGGCGCAUCGCAUUCUUUGUCCCGGCCAUGUUUCAAACCCUCUCGGCCUACGGGAUAUUCUUCCUCGGCCAGGAUUUACCGGACGGGAACUACUCAGAGCUCCAUAAAUCCGGCGAGAAGCAUAAGGAUAGAUUCUCGAGCGUGUUCUCGGGCGCAGUUGGGAACUAUCGAGGAUGGAUAUUGGCGUUGACCUACGGGUAUUGCUUCGGAGUCGAGCUCACUGUCGACAACAUAGUCGCACAGUAUUUUCACGACAGGUNAAUGAGGGGGAGGUUGUGGGCUUUGUGGGGGGUACAAACGAUUGGAGGAUUGCUAUGCGUGUGGCUCGGGAGGGUCGGGUCGCUCGUGGGCUCGGUUGCAGUGAUGGUCGUGUUCUCGAUUUUCGUGCAGGCGGCGUGCGGGCUCACGUUCGGUGUCGUGCCUUUCGUGUCCCGGAGGUCUCUAGGUAUAGUUUCGGGCAUGACUGGUGGAGGAGGAAAUGUAGGUGCAGUUGUGACACAAGUGAUUUUCUUUAGAGGUUCAAGAUAUUCAACGGAGAGUGGGAUAACCUUAAUGGGGGUUAUGAUCAUAUGUUGCACACUAGUGAUUGCAUUAAUACACUUUCCUCAAUGGGGAGGAAUGUUGUGUGGGCCCAGCGGGGCCUCGACCGAGGAGGACUAUUACAUGUCCGAGUGGACAUCAGACGAGAAAGACAAGGGCUUUCACAUGGCCGGUUUGAAGUUUUCGGAGAAUAGUCGAAGCGAAAGGGGUCGGAGGUCUCGAUCAGGAUCAGGGCCGAUUCCUGGCGAUGGGAAUUCGAAUAUCGCCUAA